UUGGCACAAUAUAAACAUUUAAUUACAUUUAGAGAUUUAAUGAUAUAUUUCAAUUUUCAACAUUAAGUUAAAAUUUAAAUUAAAUUUUUAAUUUCACCACAAUGCUCAGCGACAAAAGUCGAAGUUUCUCCGAUUCGGAAUCGGAGUUGUUGAUGGCCUCGACGGCGACGCUGAACGCAAAGAAGAGAGGACUGACCAACGAAGUCAAAUUUUUAGGCAGAAGUUGUGCCAACUUUUUUUGCAAUUCAAACGAUGGAACGGUGAUGAGGAGAAGUGAAGUAACGUGGGCCAAAUUCCUCUUUUUCUACUUUUGCUUCUUUUCUGCCCUCGUGGUGUACUUGAGUUGCGCGUUCGGAUUUUAUUUGGAGGUUUACGUGGAUAAGAAUCAUCCCCGUACGCAAGCCUGGGAUACCCUGCUGAUGGAGUGGCCGAGUUUGGCGAUUAGACCGAUGCCGGAUUAUCGAACAUCUAUGAUCCGGUUCGUACAGGGACAGCCUUCCAGUUACAAACCGUUCGCAGAUCACAUACAAGCCUUUUUACUCCAUUACGAAAAUGCUGCCCAGGAAUCUGAAGCCCUGAUUGAUUGCAGUAAUUUGGGAAAUGAUCAGAAUCGUAACAAAUUCAAGGCAUGUCGUUUCGUCAUUGACACACUCGGUCAGAACUGCACCUGGCAGAGAGAUUACGGCUAUGAUGAGGGCAAGCCUUGCGUUUUACUGAAAUUAACGAAAAUAUUUGGCUGGGAACCUCCAGCUUUUGGUUUCAACGAAACCGUCCCUGAGUUAGGAGAUCGCUUCAGUCCAGAUACGAUAGGAGUCACGUGCGAGGGGGAAAACCCAAUUGAUCAGGAAAAUAUUGGACCACUUGCUUAUUAUCCACCAAAGGGUUUUCCAAAAUAUUAUUACCCCUAUUUGAACCAGGAAGGUUACAGGGCACCUCUGGUUAUGGUUCAAUUUCUGAAGCCAACGAAUGGAAUAGUUAUAAACGUCUGGUGCAAGGCCUGGAUUAAAGAUUUGGUUCAUCAUCGAUACGAUAACUUGGGCAGCAUACAUUUCGAAAUGCUUAUUGAUUGAUUGGUUGGUUGGUUGAUUGAUUGAUUGUUUAUUAAUUGGUACGACGGUCUAAUACAUUAUUUUUUAAUGUGCGAAUGAUUGAUUGAGAAUUUACUUCUAGUGACUGAACAAACCAGAAAAUAGAUACAAAUGAAUAUGCGAGUAGGUGACCUCAAGUACGUUUCGUUGUUUGAUUACUCCAUUAACUGAACUCAAAUGUAAAAAGUUUUUUUUCGAUAUUUUCCGUGUUAUCAAUAAAAAUGUCAAUAUAUCUGU